UGAAGGAGGAGCGGUUCAACACUAAACACUCCCCCUGUGCGUCUCUCACCAAAUCCACUCGGCUUUGGAGUUUAUAAAGGCGACUAAAGCAAUCAGAGUUUGGUCGUUGGCUGCAGGAUUAAUUCCCAGAGGGGGAUGGUUUAAACACCUGGAUUAUACCUUCCAUUUUCUGCUGGUGCUUGGGGAAUAAUUGGAAGGACAGGGUGUUCUAGCUGAAUUGCUGUGACGACUUUUUGUCUCAAGGAAGAAGCAUUUACUUGGACCAAUUGAGGAAUAUCGGAGGAAAAUUAAACCCAAUUCCCAGUAAAAGUGUGAAGCCUUGAAUAACAGGAGGAUGGCAGCUUUGCGCAUCUUUGGCUUGACGUUUCUGUUAAUGAUUUUGCUGCAGAGGGUGUCCGGCUCUGGCGUCUUCCAACUGGAGCUGCACGAGUUUGCGAAUAGCCAGGGGUCCCUGGCUAGCGGAAAACCGUGUUCGCCCCACUGUAGGACCUUCUUUCGCGUCUGUCUGAAGCAUUUUCAGGCAGUGGUCUCUCCGGGUUCCUGUACUUUCGGGAGCAUCGUCACACCAGUCCUGGGAGUAAACUCCUUCAGCGUCAAAGAAACGGAGAGAUUUGGAAGCCCCAUUAAGUUACCCUUCAACUUCACGUGGCCGGGAACUUUCUCACUGAUCAUUGAAGCCUGGCAUGCUCCUGCAAAUUACCUUCCAGAAGGUUCUCGGGCCCCGGCCGAGGAGUGGCUGAUCAGUCAGGUGGCGAUCCAGCGGCCGCUGGCGGUGGGCGAGAACUGGUCCCAGGACGUGCAGAGCAGCUCGCAGACCCAGCUGCGGUUCUCCUACCGGGUGAUUUGCAGCGAGCACUACUACGGGGACAGCUGCUCCCGCCUCUGCAAGCGCCGCAACGACACCUUCGGCCACUACGUGUGCGAGCCGGACGGCAGCGUGGCCUGCCUGCCGGGCUGGACCGGCGAGUACUGCACCGAGCGUGGUAAAGCUGAAAGCGGCGCGUGCCAGCGCCUGGGGGCGGGGAAGGCGGAUAUGGAGAAUGGCUACCAUUGCCUAUGCCCCCCUGGAUACUAUGGUGCUCACUGUGAACAUAGUGCCUUGACUUGUGUUGACUCACCUUGUUUUAAUGGUGGCACAUGCUUGGAAAAGGACCAAGGGGCCAGCUACACUUGCCGUUGCCCUCUCGGCUUUACAGGAUCUAACUGUGAAAAGAAAGUGGAUAGGUGCACAAGCAACCCUUGUGCAAAUGGUGGUCAUUGCUUUGAUUUGGGUCAACUCCGUGUGUGUCGCUGCCGUGCUGGUUUCUCUGGUCAGAAGUGUGAGAUAAACAUCAACGAGUGUGCCAGGAAUCCAUGUUCCAAUGGGGGCUCUUGUCAUGACCUGAUCAAUGACUAUACCUGCACCUGCUUGCCAGGCUACACUGGCAGGAACUGUGACAUUAAAACCAGAGAUGAAUGUGCUUCUGGGCCAUGCCAGAAUGGGGCCACGUGCUAUGAUGGACUUUAUAAUGCUAACUUUCUUUGUAACUGUCCUUAUGGCUUCAUGGGCAGCCGUUGUGAGUUCCCGGUUUAUACAGUGCCCGUUCCAUAUCCUCCUAAACCUGUUCCCUGGAUAGCUAUAUCCAUGGGUGUGGGACUGGUGGCUUUGCUUGUAUUAUUCUGCAUGAUAGCUAUGGUCAUCAGACAGAUGCGGCGGCACCCAGAGCAGGACUUGGAGACAAUGAACAAUCUGUCUGAUUUCCAGAAGGACAACCUUAUUCCAGCUUCCCAGCUCAAAAACACCAAUAAAAAUAAAGACCUAGAGGUGGACUGUGGGCUGGAAAAAUCAAACUACAAACCUAAGAACCAUAUAUUGGACUAUAACCUGGUAAAGGAUCUGCCAAGCAGAGGAACACAGGAAGAUAAAUAUUAUAAAAGUGAAAAGUGUUUAGGAGAGAAGCCUCCCCUCCGAUUAUACAGUGAAAAGCCAGAAUGUAGGAUAUCAGCAAUAUGCUCUCCAAGGGAUUCUAUGUACCAGUCUGUCUUUGUGAUAACAGAGGAGCGGAACGAGUGCGUCAUAGCCACAGAGGUAUAAGACUGAAGGGUCAGUUUGUAUGCACCUCAGAUUUGGUGACGCCAGGAGAUGGACAUUUCUGUUGCAUUGUUUACAAUUCAGAACUGGAUUGGAUUUUUUUUUAAUUAUAUGCAACUUGCUGCUCUCAGGAGGAGGCUGGAACUGGGUGAACUGGACAGACUGUGAAUUUACCGAAAGAUGCAAUACACCUUUUUGUUUUUAGUGUCCUUGUUUGACAUUUGAUACAAGGAAUUUAAUUGGCUAUAGAAAAGGGAGGGGCAGAGGAGAGAAGAAUGAAAAAACUGUUGUUUUGACUAGCUUUUUAAAUGAUAUUGAGGCCAGUUCCUCAUGGACAGACCUGUGGCUUUCCAAACUCUAACUCUGAGAGAUUCCAGUUGGAGCAGAAGGCACUUGACUAUCACUUAUAUGUGCAGAUGUUGCCGUGGGAAACACGCAUGAAGAAAAAGAUACAUUGCUAUGCAGAUAUUGGAUACAGAAUAAAUAAGAUCUCAAUUUUUUUCUUAGGUUUAAAAGUGCCUAAAGCGAGUCAGAAUCUAGGGAGCCCAAACAGAGACUUGACUGCCUUCUUUUGCAGUACCUGACCAGUAUUGGGCAGGGGUGAUUGACACUUCCUGCUGCUCAUUUAUUUACAUCAUCUUGGCUCCAGCUGCAUUUAUUUCAGGCAAUUUAACGGGUAUGGGGAAGAGGGAUACUGAAUUUGUUUCUCUCAUUUGGUGUUGCUUUGGAGAACUUUGGACUUGAGCAGUAAUUUGGGACACAGUUCCAUCCCUGAAAUGAAAGCGGACUCUCCCAAAUUUAAACUGCUGAGAAGGGGGUUGUGUAAUGAAUGUUUGUUUGCCUCUUUCCCCUCGGUAUGAGGAGAGACAUAAUACCAGCCCUAACUGAAAGCCUUACAAAUGCGUUUAAACUCAAUCAGCUACUGGAACCUACACAUGCUGAGCUAUCUCAGCUCUUUUUAUGCCCUUUGCACUACCAAUGAUUGUGAAUAGAAGUGAAGUUUUUCUUCUGACCGGCUCUGUUUUUUUUUUUUUUUUUUUUGGCAAGGACUUGGGAUUUUGUGUGUUGAUUCUGAAUCAGGUGCCACCUUCAACUGCAAAUAGUCUCAAAGUCCUAGCUGUUACUUUUCAAAGGAGGGGGAGGGGUUUAUUUCCCUAUCCUUUACUUCCCUAUUGUAGAAACGACCUCUCCUCCCCUACACAUACAGUCCUUUCACCCCUGUUCCAAAUGCGCAACAGAGAAGCAGCAUCUGAGAGGCCCUCUUUAAGGUCAGACUCAGAAUAUAAUUUGAAGGCUCUAGGCUUGUCCUCUUUGUUUCACUCCCGCCCACAGCAACAGGGAAAUGGGGAAGCUACUCCUUGAAUGCAGAGGUGCAGUUCUGAACUGGUAGGUUCAGUGCACAUAGACUAUCUUAUAUAUACAUUUACAGCAAUAAUAUUUGACAGCCAAGUGGAAAGUGCUGUGACAUACUGUAGUGAUAAGAAAACUGCGAGGUGGGGCGGAAUGGGGAGGGAGGAAACAAGAUCUCAUACAAGGAAACCUGGGACUAUGCUAUCUACUACUGUUCCUGACCUUGUAAAUCCUAGUAUUGGACUAGACCAUCUGCUGCCUUGAACUGUGCAGGCAAGGUCCUGUCCUAAUGUCCACUACUGACCUUCUGCUCUGACCACAGAGAUCAUUUUGAAGAUGACCUUCAGAAAUCAAUAAUAUGGAUUUUAGUUUGUCUGUUUGUAGUUUAUUUUGAAGUCUAGUAUUUCAGUAAUUUAAAAAAUCAGAAGCACUGAACUUUCUACGUUUUAUAACAUUAUUUUGUAUAUAAUGUAUAUUUAUAAUCA